AAACACGUAUUUUUAAUGACAAAUGUCACAUUAUUUCUGACUCACGGCGGAUGACGCAGUCUGGGUGAGAAUGGAUUUACAAAAAAUAUCACGGUCAUUAUUGUUUAAUGGCUUGCUAAUUCGCGUAAAACUUAGUGGACCAACAAAAUAACCGAAAAGAGUAUUUUUCCCAUGAAAUGCAUUUUUUGCCAAUGUGCGAUAAUUAAAGAGCAGAAGAGGACAUUUUCGGUUACCUAUUAGGAUACUUUUCGAGGGAACGAUUAGCAUUUCUAUAGAAAGUAUGUUGAUAACAAACAGGCAUUGCGGAAAUUCCUAGUCGCCAUACGUAGUGACAUAUUUUCUGAGAAUAUUUUCCUGACUCCCUCUGUAAACAUGUAUAACAACAUAAUGUCGAUAUGUUUGUUUAUAAUGUUUUAUCAAUGCACGUUUCCUGUUAGUAAGUUCCUAAAAAUCGGCAGUUAAACAUCCUCUCUGACUUCUUCAUGCAGUUGCCGCGUAGACAUGAUCUUCCGACUGCUGGUGCCGUGUGUUGUGUAUUGCUGUGGUGUGUGUUCUUACAGUUUUAACACUAAGGAUGUGAGCGUGAUAACCGACGAAAGCGUAAACGAUACGUAUUUUUCUUAUUCGCUCCUACUGCAACAAGGAAAUCCUUCAACGAUAAUUGUCGGGGCACCUAAAGGAAAUGAAAACCACGAUGGAGGGUCUGUCUAUAAAUGCGUUUUGAACGGCCAAAAUCCGUGCACAAAAUUGGCUAUUAAUCUUGGUACGAUCUCAUCCGCUAGCAACUUUUUUGGUUCGGCCAUAGACGGUCAAGAUCAUGCUGGAGGAGCGUUUACGGCCUGCGCGCCUCGCCACGUCACCGAAAAAAAAUACAUGCACUACGCGAAAGGAUUGUGCAUUUUCCACGACAGCGCGACCUCCAAGGACUUGAAUCCUUUUCAGGAGAGCAGCGAAAUACAGUGUUGCGACGCUUCCCGAAGGAAUUAUUACGACUAUGGAUUUGCGAUGGCCGGAUUUGAUGUCGCGUACAUACAGGGAUCGAAUGAGGUGCUGCUAGGGGCGCCUGGAAUCAAAAAGUUUAACGGUGCCACAGUGACGUACGGCUUGGUCGAUAACUCGUACAGCGUUCUACCCAACCGAAGGAUGCCAGAUCCCGACGAAGAAGAUUCUUAUACGGGAUACAAAGUGACCACCGCUAGAUUCGAGCCUACGAGAAAGAGCAUUUGGUAUAUCGCAGGCGCCCCGAGGUCCAACAACCUUAAGGGCAAGGUGCUGGUUUACCAAUACGACAUUUCGUCCGCGGAGAAAAUCAAGAAAACCAUCACGUUCCAAGGCGAAGAUGUCGGCUCAUAUUACGGUUCGACUUUACUGGCCGCUGACGUCACGAAUGACGGCAUCGAUGACGUCUUUAUAGGAGCGCCCUUGGCUCAGGGUCGUACUUGGGACGAAGGAUACGUUUGCUUCUAUAGAAUGCUAGAUAAGAACAAACCCAGCAGCGUAGUAAAACUGGUGGGCUCCAGCAAAUCGGGCGGUAGAUUUGGUGCAGCCAUGGUUUCACUGGGCGACUUUGAUUUGGAUUCCUUCAGUGAUGUUGCCAUAUCCGCGCCCUACGAAGACGAUGGCAUCGGUGCCGUCUACAUUUACAGAGGCAAUCCGGAAGGGUUGGAACGCAAGUACAGUCAGCGACUAUCUCCGUUAGAACUGAACAUAAGGGCUUCGAAUCUGGUUAGAGGGUUCGGUCUGGGCGUAUCCAGAGGAGCUGACAUCGAUCAGAACGGCCAUAACGAUGUCGCCAUAGGUGCUUACAAAUCCGACCAGCUGUUUAUAAUAACAAGCUACAAUAUUAUAGACUACACGUUGAGUCUGGGGUCGAGCGUCAGCACGAUCAGCACUGAUACGAGUGCGUUUCACGUGAGAUAUUGCAUAUCGUAUUCUCAGAGGAGCCGUUUGAAGGAUAUUAAGGAAGUACGAUUCGGGUUGUCGUUUUCGCUGGACUAUCGAGCUGACGGUACCACCUUCGUAACCGAAGACCAGGUGGUUAGUCUUUCGGAGGAGUUUUGCAGAAAUCGGAGCGUCACGUUGAAGAAUGCAAUAAAGGACAUAUCGCCGUUUCAAGUAUCACUGAAGGCGAAAGUGAAAACGGAAGAUAUCGUCGCACACGGGAAACAAGGCGUCGACUUGCAAAUACCGUUUUCUCACGGUUGUGGUGACGACAACGUCUGCAAUACUGGUCUGUGGUUGAAUGUGACGUCAGAUAAAAGUGAAAUCAUCUUGGGUGCGGACAAAGAGUUGCGAGUGAACGUCGUCGUAAACAAUGACGGCGAACCGGCCUAUCAAUGCGAAUUGGCGCUCGAAUUGCCAAAAAACGUCGAACUGAGGAACUUCAAGGACUGUAAUAGAAACAAUAGGACGUAUACUUGUUUGGUGGAUGAGCGAUUGAUCGAAUCCAGAGAGAGUCAGUUAUUUUUCGAUGUCAGUGCCUUGAAUCCAACCACAAGAGAAAUCGCGAUUAAUAUAAAAUAUUCUAGUUUGGGAACAAACAAAGCGGGUUACAAGGAUAGUGACGUUAUAGUGAUACCGGUAAAACUGCACAAUCACCCGUACAUUGUAGGGAAUACCAAUCCUGAUAACAUAAAGUUUUCGACUGGAGACGACAGCAAGAGGGUUAAAAUUGUGCACACCUUCACCGUGGGCAAUUUGGGACCGUCGCCGGUUGAUCUUGAGGUUAAUAUUCUAUUGCCGCACGUCAAACUCGAUAACGCGAACUUAUUUGAAGUUUUGAAAGUGGAGGGGUCCCUGAACGGUGUGGAAAUGGCCUGUACGGAAUCUCCAAUCGAACUUGGUGAAAUCGAUCUCGUGCCCGACUUUGAAGGGGUUUUGAACGUUCCCUUGAACAAAACAAUUUUGUUGUCGUGCGCUACGGUCGAAUGCGUCAAAUAUUCCUGCACGGGCGACUACUUGACGAAGUCUUCGGAAGUAGCAGUGUACGAAAUCAAAAUGCUGGCCGAAUCUGAUCCGCUAACCGCGAAGUACAAAAAUGAUUUGAAGGUGAAUGAAGUGAUAGCUUUCGUACCCACAGCGUACUUAAGGAAUUCGACCCACACAAUCGUGACCAACUCCAGGCUCGUAAUAUUUGGAGAAAAUCAAAAGAACACCAUCGCUUUGUGGGUGUACGUAUUAUCCGCCGUGGCUGGGGUUGUUUUGUUGAUGUUGAUCACAUACGGGUUAUACAAGUGUCACUUCUUUGACAGAAACUACAAGGACAAGUUAAACCAAGAGAAAAUCCUGGAUUCGCAUGACUUCGAUGGAAGCAACUCCAUUGAUUUCCAACGUGUGGACCUAAAAUCCUAAAAGCUUUAUUUAUUUUGUGAUAUACCUCAAAAUACGUUUAUUUUUUUUAUCGUUUGUUAAGAAAAUAUAAAUAAUAUAAUAAAAGAUAUUAAGCCAGA